UAAUUCAAUGUUGAGGUUGCCUUGCUAGCUUGGAAUGGUGUGCCAGAAAUCUUUGGGCUUGCUUUCCUCCCUUCAACCUCAUUCAGGCGUCAUAUGAACUUGAAAACUAAGAUGAAUGCAACAGUUUUUGCAGGUGCCACAAGGUGAUGGUGGAAAGUUUUCCUGUAGUUUUGACAUCAAUGUUUUUGCUGAAGUUCACAAGACGGGGGAUUUGUCUAUUUUGCCUGAUGACUCGAUCAAUUUGCUUUCUAGCACUGUUGAAGAUGCCAACAAGCCAUGCUCGAAUAUCCACUCCAGAUGCUCAGCUUGGAUUGCCUGAGUUGACUCUUGGUGUUGUUAUUCCAGGCUUUGGAGAUGGCGGCGGCUAUUGCUCUUCGCUGAACUGGACAAGUUAUCAUUAAUACUUAUAUUGCGUCCUAAAUAAUUCAUUAAUGGAGACGUCCUUGUUACGAUCCUCUCGCAGGAGGUAAGGAAGCUCGGAUAUCACGUCAGCUGCACGGUGUUGUGUCUCGCCGGACAUCCGGUCCUCGCGCAGGUAUCUGAGAAAAUCAGAUCGAGGUUGGAUACUAAUUUGCUUUCUCCAUUUCUUAUUGGAUUUCUUCGGAUUCGGCGUCUUCUUGUCGGGUUGUUCAGCACUAUUUUUUGGUAGCGGAGGGAUCGGAUUAGAUCGCUUGGAUGAUCGGAGAAUGCGGCCGAAUUUUAACUCCGCCGUUCACAAGCGUUUGUCUUCAAGAGAACUGAUGGAUCCUUUAGAUCGAGAUGAUGAAGAGAGUGCUGCUCGUUUGCUGAGUUCUUCUCCCACUGAAGAAGAAAACGGUAAUCCAUCGUGGAGGCUCUCUCUGCCGCAUGUAUGCGUGGCCACAAUAUCUUCCUUCUUGUUUGGAUACCACUUAGGUGUUGUUAAUGAGCCGCUCGAGAGCAUUUCCAUCGAUCUUGGGUUUACUGGGAACACCUUGGCUGAAGGGUUUGUUGUGAGUAUUUGCCUUGGAGGUGCACUUGUUGGUUGCUUGUUUAGUGGUUGGAUAGCAGAUGGAAUUGGGCGGCGUAGGGCUUUUCAGUUGAGUGCAUUGCCAAUGAUUAUUGGAGCGUUUUUAAGUGCAAGUGCAGGCAAUCUACAAACAAUGCUUCUUGGUAGAUUCUUAGUUGGAACAGGAAUGGGCUUAGGCCCGCCAGUUGCUGCACUCUAUGUGACGGAGGUUUCUCCUUCAUUUAUAAGAGGAACAUAUGGGGGUCUUAUUCAAAUUGCCACUUGUCUUGGACUUAUAGGGGCCCUCCUUGUUGGAAUUGCAGUGAAGGAGGCCGUUGGAGGGUGGAGAAUUUGCUUUUGGGUAUCUGCUGCUCCUGCUGCUUUGCUGGCCAUUUGUAUGGAAUUUUGUGCCGAAAGUCCACACUGGCUUUAUAAGCAUGCUAGAAUUGGUGAGGCGGAAGUUGAAUUUGAAAGGCUUCUUGGAGUUUCCCAUGUGAAAUCAGCAAUAUCUGAGUUGAUACGUUCAGAUAGAGGGGAUGAUGCGGAUGGCGUGAAGUUUUCAGAGUUACUUUAUGGCCGACAUUUCAGGGUUGUUUUUAUUGGAUCAACACUAUUUGCUUUACAACAAUUAUCUGGAAUAAAUGCUGUAUUCUAUUUCUCUUCUGUUGUCUUUAAAAGGGCCAAGGUGCCUUCAAACAUCGCCAACAUAUGCAUAGGGCUGGUAAAUUUGUCAGGUUCAAUAAUUGCAAUGCUUUUGAUGGAUAAGCUGGGAAGAAAGGUGCUACUUUUUGGGAGCUUUGUUGGCAUGGCAGUCGCAAUGGCCCUACAGGCUUCUGCAGCAACCUAUCAAAUUCUAGGUUCUGGUACGCUGUAUCUAUCUGUUGGUGGCAUGUUACUAUUUGUCUUUACAUUUGCACUAGGAGCCGGUCCAGUCCCCGGUCUACUUUUGCCUGAGAUAUUUCCUAACAAAAUCAGAGAGAAGGCUAUGGCUGUAUGCAUGUCUGUGCACUGGGUGGUCAAUUUCUUUGUCGGCUUGUUAUUUUUGCGGUUGUUGGAAUUACUUGGAGCCAAGGUUUUGUACACCAUUUUUGCGUCCUUCUGCUUGAUAGCAGCUGCUUUUGUUAGGAGGAAUGUGGUGGAAACUAAGGGAAGGUCACUUCAAGAAAUUGAGAUCUCUUUGCUACCAACACAGUAAAGGCUUGCUGAUGCAGCUCAUGUUGAAGGGGGUGGAUCUUCUGAGAUUUUGGAUUUCACUGGCAAGAUUAAAUGUAUGUCCUCCUUCAAAAGAUAUUAUAUUGUAAUGUUAGUAUGCAUUGACAUAAUAGCCCUUUUUGUAUAUUUUAUUGUAUUUGUACUCUAGUGAAUAUCCACAUCAUCGAUAGCCUUACGCAAUUUAAGGAAUUAUUUCCAAUAUCGUGGGGGUCGACCCUCCCUUCAAUAAAUCAUGGUCGAAUAGUCAA